AUGGCACCGAAUCAAAAUCUGGCCGCAACCGUUUAUGGUCCGAACGAUCUACGCUUGGAGGAGCGUCCCAUACCGGAGCCCGCUUUCAACGAGGUUGUGGUCGAGGUCGAUAGCUGUGGAAUCUGUGGAACGGAUAUUCAUUUCCUCAAGGACGGUGGUUUCGGCGCACAGCGACUAAUCAAACCGAUCGUUCUCGGGCACGAGUCGGCCGGCGUUGUGCGUAAAGUGGGCAGCUCGGUAACACAUCUGAAGGUGGGCGACCGUGUAGCCAUCGAACCGGCGGCCGGAUGCCGAACGUGCGAUCUGUGCAAAGUUGGCAAGUACAACAUCUGUUUGGAUGGAAAACACUGUACCACGCAGAAGCAUGAUGGCAACUGCUCUAACUACUAUGCACAGUACGCCGACUGCUGCUUCAAGCUGCCGGACCACGUUUCCAUGGAGGAGGGAGCCCUGCUGGAACCGUUGGCUGUUGCAGUGUACGCCGGUCGGCGUGCCCAGAUAGCGCUGGGACAUAAGGUGGUAAUCUUCGGAGCCGGUCCGAUUGGACUUGUGUGCCUCAUUGCGGCCAAGGCAAUAGGCGCCACGCGGACGGUUAUUCUCGAUCUUGAGCAUGCGAAGCACCGGCUCGAUGUGGCCAAAAAGUUAGGUGUGACUGAUGUGAUCGGGAUUCGCAAGGAAGACACCGAGGAACAGCUGGUACAGAAGAUUCACGAUAUUCUUGGUGGGCCUGCCGAUCGCGUACUGGAGUGCUCAGGGUCGCAACCGGGAAUGCGAAUCUCCAUCAAGGCAACUAGAAACGCUGGACGUAUCUGCCUGGUAGGACUAGGCAACAAGGAUGUCCAGUUACCGAUGGUGGAUGCGAUUUCGCGGGAGAUCGAAAUCACCACAGCUAUGCGCUACAAUCACGACUAUCCGGCAGCGCUGGAAAUCGUCGCAAGUGGGUAUGUGAACGUGAAACCCCUUGUAUCCCAUCAUUUUGAUCUGAAGGAUGUCCACGAAGCAUUCCGCGUAGCUUCACAAGGAGAAGGUAUCAAGAUUAUGAUCCAUCUUGUUCCGCGAGACACAAAUAAUCCGAUCAAGUUUACUAACUGA